CCGAUUAAGUGGAUAUCCAAAAUCAUAUUUCAUUUAUCCGACAAAAUCUUCCCUAAUUCAGGCUACUUGUCAUGGCAUCAAAAUGACCGUACGUGACCCUGCCUCAGACAGAUGUCCUCUGGGCUUUACGGUCACUCACUAAACCUUCUUUCUCAAGUGUCUCAAGAAGACCUGGCCUUCCAUGGUGUCUGCAGUCGGGAAGUGUCAGCUGUACCCACAACUCUGUCAGCGCUCACGUCCCCUCAGACUACUAUCCACCUCCCUCCCUCAUCCUUAUCUUCUAAUCUUCCUUCACGACUCUCACUUAACAAUCCUACAUCAUCUUUAAUUUCUUCCAGCUCUGCAGCUUUCGACAACAAUCUGAAUCCACAGAACACCAUCCCUGGUCUCCUUAAACCACACUCCGAAUUAUACAUUGGAGCCUUCAAUGUCCGCACCCUCCAUCAAAUUGGUUAACAGGCUUCAUUGGCAAAGACUCUAGCAACUCGGG